AUGGAAGGUCAGGAUCCAUCGAAGAAGGGCAGUUUUGCAGGGCGAUUCUUCAAGAAACUGACAAGAAAGAAUGGCAGAGGUCGCCCAGGCUCCCCAACUGGUGGAAGCGAUGCUCCAGGAAUGGGUUCUGAAGCUGGCACAAGCGAAUGCUCAUUUUUGGAAAAUGAAGAUUCUCCAUUUGCAAAAGGGCUUGUGGGCCCAGGGAUUCCAGUGAGACCAGCCAACAGGAGGGCCGAUGAGGACCUCCCGCGGGGCCCAUCUGUCGCAAUUGAUGACAAUCCUGAACUGCAGGAGGGCUCAAUGAACUUGGGUGCUGUACCCUCAGGGGAUGUGCAGCUAAGGGAAGAUAUGCGACGGUACACUUCAGAGAGAAAAUCUGGAUCCAAUGAAGAAAAUUCUGAAGAGUGUGAAGAGAUAGACCUGCAACCCUCAGUAAACGAGGACAAUGCCAUCGGCGAAUUGGUGGCUGCCUACUCAGGACAAAUGGGUGACUUGUUUAAACAGAUCCAGGGCAAGCAAAAAUGCCCAGUCGGCCCAGAUGAUGGUAGUGGCCUGUCAGAGCUCAACCAAAUUAAUAGGGACGCAACUUUGUCGAUGGGGUUGGACCCUGCAGAUGCGGAUGGUGUGACUCCUCUGUUCGCAGCAGUUGUGAACUCGCAUCUUGAGGUUGCCCAAGUUCUGACAGAUCUCGGGGCAGAAGUGAACCGUGGAAACAAACAAAACGGCCAUCGUCCUCUGCAUCUUGCUUGCAAUCUUGGCAAUUUGGAGAUGGCCAGGCUUCUUGUGCUGAAAUCUGGUGCAGAUAUUUCUGCCACGGACAAAAAAUCCUGGACCCCACUCAUGUUUGCAGUGCAGGGAGAGAAUGUCGAAGUGGUCAAGUUCUUAUUAGAAUGUGGUGCUGAUGUCAAUGCCAGGGGAAAGGGAAAUGUAACUGCACUGAUGAUUGGGGUACGUUCAAAUUCCAAAGAAAUGGUGGAGACACUGGCAGAGGCCGGUGCAGAGAUUGAUGCCCAUGAUGAGGAUGGGUGGUCUGCGUUGCAUUUCGCUGCCAAAGAGGAUGUACCUGUGGCUGUGCUGGCACUCAUUCAAGCUGGUGCAGAUGUUGAUGCACGUGACCAGCAGCGCCAACUGACGCCUCUGCAUGUCGCCUCUGACCGUGGAAUAUAUUCCACAAUGAAAAUUCUUUUGGAGCAUGGCGCUGCAGUGAAUGCUGUCAGUGAGGCUGGUGCCACACCCAUGAUCGAAGUCCUGGGUGGAUGCAAGACAGAACUGGUGAGACUACUGCUUGACCAUGGGGCAAACAUUGAUGUGAAGAACGACAGGAAUGGAGUCACAUCGUUGAUGGCAGCUGCGAUGAAGCAAAACCAUGAUGUGAUGGAGUGGUGCAUAGCUGCAGGAUGCAACAUUGAGGCUGCAGACAAGGACGAACAAAGAGCGAUGCAUCAUGCAGCACGUCAUGGUGCAAUUGAAUGUGUGGAUGUUCUGCUGAGAGCUGGAGCAGAUAUCAAUGCAUUGGCCAAGGGAGAGGGUGUCCUGAUAUUUGCAGUACGGGGUGGCCACUACGAUGUUGCCCGCAUGCUCAUGGAACGGGGAGCAGAGUUGAACAGCAGCCCCAAGGACGAUCCCAGGAUAACACUUGUGCAUGCACUGGCCAUUGGAACCAGCCCAAGUGCUGAGGUUGACGUGGAGCUCCUCAAAGAAGUCUUGGUGAAAGGGGCAGAUAUAAAUGCAGCAGAUGAGCAUGGAAAUACUGCUCUCCAUCUUGCUGCAAUAGUCGGGAAAGAAGCAUCUGUGCUGGAACUGGUGCGGAGUGGAGCGAAGCUGGAUGAAAGGAAUCAGGAUGGGCGAACGCCACUGAACUGUGUUUGCAUUGAGGGCCAUUUGUCAAUCAUAAAGAUUCUUGUGGACGCCAGAGCAAACGUGGGAUGCAAAGCACACAACGGUUCAACCCCACUGUAUAUCUGUGCAGAGAAGGGGCAUCUGGAUGCAGCCAGAUACCUUUUGGACAAUGGGGCAGCUGUUGAUGACACAGACAUGGUGCGGGAUUUCCGGUGCUGUGCCAUAACCAGGCUUUCAGAGUUGUCUAUAUUAUUCCUGGCGUUAUAG